ACAAAGAGGGAGUUAGAGAAAGGAGAUCGAAAGGAGUGCUAGGAAGAGAGCGAAUGGCGCCGCGGCGACGCCCAACGCUCUCUUUGCUCCUUCUCGUCGUCCUCCUUUUGAUCGCUGUGUCGGCUGAUACCACGUCAGCGGAGAGCAGAGAAGGAGAAACAGAAGGCUACGCGGCCGUGGUGAGGGACCAGUUCAUGGGCCUGAAACCGCGGUCGGAACCACGGUCAGGGAGCCGAUUCCUCGCGGCGGUCGGGGGCAAGAAGGGCGACAUCUGUGACGGGGGCAAUGUGCGCGGCUGCGCAGGGGGUGACCCCGGGCAGCGCCUCCGGUGCUGCAGGAGCAGGUGCACCGACCUUCUGUCCAGCCGGGCCAACUGCGGCGCCUGCGGCAAACGGUGUGGCUUCGGCCAGCUCUGCUGUAAAGGCCAGUGCACCACCAUUGCCUACGACGUCAAGAACUGCGGCGGAUGCGGCGUGCGGUGCCAGCGCGGGCUCCGGUGCACGUACGGCCUCUGCGGGUACGCGUGACCGCCGUCGCGGCCGGCCACAUGGCGGCAGGUGAUUGGGUGCAUGGGGGGGAGAGUGAGGGUUAAUUUACUGUAUCGUUUUCUACGUCUUGUAGAUCAUGAAGAGUUAAUUACGUGCAUUAGGGUGGGGAUAGAAGUUCUCUAUCCGUGGCGGGGAAAGCAAAAUGAGAAAAAGUAAGAAUUAAGGUGGGUCUCUGCAAUUUGUUACUUUUUAUGGAGUAAUUAGAGGGGGGUUAUGCAUGGUAGUGUCAUGUAAACAAAUAUUAUAUUUUCCUCUUCUCUUGGGCAAUAACA